CUUCCUCUAAGUUCAAACAAAUUAUUGAGGAGAAUUGGAGGGUGUUAAGGAAUGAUGUCACAUUACCUCCAAUAUUCCAGAAUCCUCCCAUGUUUUGCUACAAGAGGAAUAAAAAUCGGAGGGAUUUACUGGUGAAUACGGAUCCCGUUCACUGCUAUUCCAAGGAAACAUCUCUACAGAAUCUAGGAUGUUAUCGAUGCCUUGGUUGUGUAACUUGUGGACAUAUGAUCCCGGGGAAGACAUUUUCCCAUCCUCACACAGGGACUAUUUUUCACAUUCGUCAUCGAUUAACAUGCACAAGUGACUUCGUAAUUUAUAAAUUAACAUGUCCCUGUGGAUUAACAUACAUCGGUAAAACGGAUCUUCCUUUGAGAGAAAGAAUUCGUAAUCAUAGAUCCAGUAUUAGAACUGCGUACAGGGACAAGAAGUCUGAGUUACCGGUAGCCAAGCAUUUUUUGGAAUUGGGACACUCGUUGCCCUCUAUGAAGUUGAUGGCUAUCGAUCAAAUUCCCUUGCCGAGAAGGGGAGGAGACCGAAAAAAGAUGCUGCUUCAACGCGAACUAUUCUGGAUCAGAACGCUUCAAACCGUGUAUCCCAAUGGACUUAAUGAAAAAUAUUCUUUAUCUGUCUUUUUAUAA